AUGAAGGGUUUAAACCCCAAUCUGGUGGCAGCGAAGAAAGCCGUGGAAAGGGAACUUACUCUCAUUCGUGGACGGAUGGACAAAUGGAGUCGAAUGGGCAAGAUCAAAAGUUUCCUGAGCCAGGAUGACGUUUCUCGAGAAAUCAUGGAAUGCCAUACGGCCAUCUCAGAUUGCAUUUCCAAAUUCCAACUACAAUCUCAGAUUGAGAUAUUCGAAUGGCAGAAGGAGCAUGAAGCCAACACGCGUUUGGACCACCAAGAGCUCGCUAUGGGGGAAAACAAACAGAUCGCCGAGGCAAUCCAACAGGGACUAUCCCUCAACCUCUACCAGCUACAAAAACAAUCCUCUGAACUACUUCCCAACCGCAACCUCAGUUCCGGAGAGGUCAAGCGAAUUGGAGAAUUCCCCGUGGCGGGCACGGCGACUAUGGACAUUUACGAAGGACUCUACCUCGGGAAGGAAAAGGUGUCCAUGAAGGCCAUCAGAGCCAUGAAAGCGGAUGAGAAAUCGCGGCAUCGGUUCAAUCGAGAGGGUGAAAUUUGGGCUAAAGUUUGGCAGAAAGAUAGAGGCCAAUACAUUGUUCCGUUCUAUGGAUUCUGUCAAACGGACGGUCCCUUUCCAUACAUGGUCAGUCCAUGGCAAGAGAAUGGCGACGCCUUGACGUACGUCAAAGCCAAUGACCAUAAAAUUAACUACAGAGACUUUAUCAAACGCAUUGCCCUCGGCGUCCAAGUUCUGCAUACAUGUGAUCCUCCCAUUGUCCAUGGGGACAUCAAGUCUCGUAAUAUCCUGAUCAACGAGGAGGGACAUCCCAGACUUACCGACUUUGGUCUAUCCCAGAUCAUUAACGAUGUAUCUGGUACCCCAUUCACCCAGAGCAGCAUCGUGGCAGACUCGUUCCGUUACUUCGCGCCUGAAGUCUGCCAGGGCGGAGGGAAAAUGUCUACCAUGUCUGAUAUGUAUGCCCUCGGCAUGACAGUCCUCGAGAUCCUCACUCACCAGCAGCCGUAUCGAAGAGUCAAGCACCAUACUGAGGCCGUCUUGAAAGCUGCGCGAGGCAUCAAGCCAGAUCAGCCAAGAGAAGAGGAGGUCAAGGCUCGAGGUCUGGACGACGAUAUGUGGACUCUGUUGCUUCAGUGCUGGUCACUGACACCAGAGGCACGACCGUCGAUUGAAGAGUUCAUUGCCCGGCUAUGA